AUGGCAACUGCUUCGUCAAAACCAUGUUUGCGACCUUCAUCAGCCGUGAAAGCACCGUGUGCAACUUGUUCCAAACCUAUUGGCAUUUAUCGAUGUGAAGGAUGUGAAAAACAAUUUUGUCCUAAUGACUUGAGCAACCAUCGAAAUGAGCUUUCCAAGGAAUUAGAGCAACUUGGGGUCGAACACAAUAAGUUUCAAGAAACACUGAUCGAAACGGCAAAGGAUCUUCGUACUCACGAACUAAUAAGUCGCAUUAAUGCUUGGGAAAAGGAAUCUAAGGCUAAGAUAAAGCAAGCAGCAGAGGAAGCUCGUCAACAGAUUGUAAAACAUGCUGAAACAAAUAUCAAGGACAUUUCGACGCGGUUUCGAGAAAUGGCUGAAAGACUACACCAAGCUCAACAAGAAAAUAUAUAUGAUGAGCGAGACUUGAAACGAUGGGUGGAGCAACUUGAACAACUCAAGGAGAACUUUGUAUCCCCAUCUUCUGUGGUAUUGGAAGAAGAGCCAGGGACGUUCAUAGCAAAAAUUCAGGUGAAAGACUUGGAGACUUUAGGAAAAAAAUUCGAGAAUGUAUGUGGCAAUAUACAAAUUCAAGAUGGAGGUUUGCUUGCUAUAGGCUAUAAUAACAAUAGUCAAAUAUCGCAAGUUCGAAGCAAAGGAGAAUACUCUGGCGGUAUACACAAAAUUCAAAUGAAGAUAGAACAGUAUUCUAAUGGAUUUCUAUUUUUCGGCAUUAGCUCGAAAUCAGCUCGGAUGCAAUACAAUUCUUGCACUUUGCCGUCGUCAUAUGGUUGGACAGCUGGAAAGAAUGCAGUGUAUAUAAAUGGGCAGUGUUUUAAUAAUUACGAAGAGUAUGCUAGCGACUAUAAAAUGAACGAUACUGUUGAGCUUGAACUGGAUUGUUAUCGUCGACUCAUUCGAAUACGAAAUGAUCGUUCAAAUAAACAAUAUGAAUUGCCUAUUGAUCUUCAAAAAUGUCCAUUUCCAUGGAUACUUAAUAUUAACUUACAGAAUAAUGGCGAUCGUCUACGCAUUGUCGUCUAA